AUGAGGUCAGUGGAGCUCUUCAUAGAUGGGGUUCUUGCUCCUUACAUAACGUACUCCCUUAUUAGUCGUCAUUACAACCCCGUCUCAUCGUUGUGCACGUCCCUCAUAGCAUGGUGCAUCGACGCACCGGCCUCUGCCGUGCUGCCCUUGGUGCGUGGCUUCACAAACCCUCCGAGGUGCAAUCUGUUCAUCGAGAGCCGCCACAUGAGGGACGGCGACGGCGGGGUUGGGAGCGUGCGUGACAUUGCGGAGAUCUUGGGAUUGCCGGUCUUGAUGAGCGUGCGGAGAUUGGAGGUCCUCGACGACAACGAGAGAAUGAAGAAGAAAGGAAGGUCGGGACUUUGUAUUUGGGAGUCUUAUGUUUUGCAAAUCCACGAAGGAAACACUGGUGAAGAUACCAAGUCGUUCGCUCACUCUAUAUUGAAGCGGAACUUGCGAAAGCUUGAUGAAAGAGUUACGGCUUCUUGGAAUAAAGAGAGAAUGGAGGAGAACAGGCAUGAUGGUGAUGAGAAGCGUAGAUGA